AUGUAUAAAUUGUAUAAAUUUGAUUAUAAUUUAAAUUAUAAAAUAUUUGGAAUAGAUUUAAAAGAUGAAUCUAAGAAGGAAGGAUUAGAUCCUGAUAUAUUUAUAGAAAUUGCAAUAAAUGAGACUGAAGAACUUUUAAAAUUAAAUAAUAGUUUCUUAUCUCAAAAAUUAAAGGAUCCGGACCUACAAGAAUUUUUAAAAUCAUUUAUUUGUUUAGCAUUUCCAUUUUAUAGUCCAUAUGUCCCAUAUGAUGAAAUAUUAAUUGAAAAUCCAUUGCAUAGUAAUAUAAACAUUAUCGCAAAGAAUGUAUUGAAUAUAUUUUUAAAAGCAUCAAAAUGUUCAAGUAAUGAAACAUUAUGUAAUUUAGGAUUUUCUGAUCCUAAAUUCAUGACAAAUUUAAUUAACAUGUAUGGAAGAAAUAAUGAGAAAAUAGUAAAUGAAAUUAUCAAAUCUUGUAAAAUGGUUAAUAGUAAAUUUAUUGAUCAAUUGCUUGGAGUAACACAUACAUUAUUUCAGACUUUGAGUGAUAUAUAUGAAUUAUUAAGAUCAUUUGAUUCUUUAAAUAAUUAUAAAAUAUUUGAACAAUUGACCAGUGGUUCAAUUUUGUCAGACCGUUCAACUGGUAAAGAAUUUGAUAAAGUAUUUGUCAAUAAUGAACAUAUAAUGUUGGAUAUUGUAUCUAUACUUGAAAGUGUGUUAAAAUUUACUCCUCAAAGUUCCGUUUCUUAUUUCCUCAGACUUGAUAUUAAGACUAAACAUGGUAUUAGUAAUCUUGAACAAGUUCUCACCAACUGUUAUUAUUUAUUAUUAUAUCUAUAUCAAUUAAUGGUUCAAACUAAAGAACCCAUUUAUGAUAUUAAGGUACUAAGUACUAGGUACUUAAGGCCUAUUAAGGGUAUUCUAAGGGUAUUUGGUACUAGUACUAUAAAGUAUGAUAAGGAAUAUAUGACAAGUUUUCAAAUAUGUGUAUACUAUAGAUGCAGAAUAUUUAUACUUAAGAUACUGUUGAAAAUAGUCGAAUUUAAUAUCCUUUCUUCACCUACAGAUUCAGCAGAAUAUUCAUUUAAUUGGUUAUUAAUCUUCAUCAAGAUGGGAGGAGAUCAAUAUAAUAUAGACCGAGACCUAAUAGUUCAAGAUUUUAAUGAAAUUAACUUUUCAAUAUAUGUCGAUGAAUGGAAUUUAAUAAACAAAAAUUGGAGUGAAUCUGAAAUAAGUCAAAUGAAAUCAUUAGUAGUUAAUGUUAAGGAUAAAAAUAUGGAACAAACUAUAACAAAAAUAAGAGAAAUAACAGAAAUAGAAGAUGAACAAGUGAUAAUAAAUUGUUUGAAUAAACAUGAAAAUGAUAUAGAUUCAACAAUAAUUGAUUUAAUAGACAAUUUUACAAUUAAUAAAAAAACUAAUAAAUUGGCUACUGAAAUUGGGAAGAAAUCUGUCGAAAAAUUAUCAAUAUCAUAUAUACCAACUGAAAAUAAACAAGCAAUAAUGAAUUAUUGGGAUUAUAUAAAUGAAAAUUGUGAAAUGUAUAAUGAUGAUAAUGAUGAUGAAGAUGAAAUACCAUUAAAUGUAAAUUUAAAUAUUGAUGAAAUUUCACAAUCUGAGGGAUCAGAAGAUAAACCAACACAAAAAGGAAGAAAUUUCUAUAGAAAUAAGGAGAAUCAUAAAGCACACUAUGGAAACCAUCAUAGAAGAGAUAGGUAA